UGGUGGCCCUCAGCUCUGAGCCAUCCCUGACUUGAUGGCCUCCUGUAGUCAGGGCUGGAUGAUCUCUACUGCCCACAUCUCGGCUCUCAAGAGCAAGGCCACAGAGGGGCCCGUGCCUUGGGUAAGCCCUCCCCUAGGCAGGCCCUGUAGGAGGAGGGUGCAGCAGCCACCAGGCUCUGCUAGGAAGGGGAGCCAUGACAUUGUUCACAGCCCUGGAAUAUUUACAGGCAUUGGGAAGCAUUCAGUUUGUGCACUGUCAUAAAUUAAUCUCUCUUGCGUGCUUUCGCUGUCCUGAUCUUCAGAGCAUCUUCACUUCUCUGCCAACCAACCGGUUCCUGCUUCCUGUUCCUAGGCAGUACCUUUCAGUGUAUCUCUGCAUGGUCCACUUGCCCCAACAGUUGGCUUUGGAGGGUCAGUGGGGUGGACAGGGUGCCCCUGCUGCUUCAACUGACCCCGACUUGCUCCUUGAUCUUGGCUUUCAUCCUUUGUUGCUUGAUUACAUUGGCAUGGGGAUUACUGCCCUCAUUCUUGCUGGGCUUUUAUGAGCAUACGACGCCAAGCCUCUUUAAUGGCUGUGCUUUAAAUUUAAGUGCCUCACUGAUGUAUAGUGGGAGAAGGGAUGCUGAGAGACUUGGAUUGGGUCAGGUGCUCAUUGGAGUUCACUGAGUAUGCAGGGGGCAUUCAGAGGGCAUCCUGUGUUUGAAGAGGUAGAGGUGCCAGAGACUAAUUCUAGGAAAGGGAUGAGUGGUUGAGUGUGCAGAUGCCAGGGGAGGGUAAUGGGGUUGAGCCCAAAGUGGUGUGAAAUUGGGAAGGGAAUGAUCAUUGCCCAGUAGGGACCAAGGCAGGUGGGUGAAUGGGCAGGUGGACAGGAAGUAAUUGGGGCAGUGUGUAGAACUUGGCCUUGGGAGGCUAUGGGGAUUGCCUGGGGCAGGAAGAGGAAGGAUCUAUUGAGAAAACCAACUUUGAGCUUGGGAAGGGAGACUGAGCACAUUAGCCUCUCCAAGGAGUCGCCUAGACAUCUAUCCUGGUCUCCACUGCCUUUCUCAGUGUUCCUGCAACAGAGAGACUCACCUCUUGCCACUCAGGUUUAGGAAUGUUGUUAUGUGGGGGUGGGACCCUGCUCCUGACCUGGCACAGACCUUAGUUUCUGUGGUGGGUGGUGUAUUUGGGAAAACAGGUUCACUGGGUUCUGGUGUAUAAGCGGGCCCGGCCAGCUGGGCCCCUUUUCCACCUACUCCUAACCUCUGAUGGUUUUAAGUUUUUGCUUUGUACAGUAGCCUGUUUGUACUUCAGGGACCCUCUUUGGGCACCCUCUGCCUCUGCUGUACUCUUUGCAGGCAUUCUGGGCAAGCUGGAGCCAGGAGCUGCUUGUGGUGGCUGGAUAUCAGCUCUAGGCCCUUUGCCUCUGGUCUACACACAAACUUGAGUUUCCUCUUGGGCUGGUACACCUGUGUUCCUCCACCCAUCAGGUCUCUGUCCUCUGUCUAGGGUGUUGAGCUAGAGUACAGGUGAGAGAUGCCUUUAAUUGGUUUUGAGUCACAGUGCUAUUCAUUGUUUUGAGAGAAUGGCUUGUCAAAACAAGACCAGCUGUAUGGAGAUGGUUUCUAAGAAGUGGCUUCACAAAUAGUUCCCACUUGUCACUUUUAUGAGCAGAAAAUGUCAAGUGUGUUUACAGCAUAGCUUUGCACAUUGUUAGAUUUGUUCAGCACCCUGUGUGAGGUGGAAAAACCUGACUUCAUUUCCUUGGGCCAUCUCAGAUGUCUGAUGUCCUCAUUAGGUCUGGGCAGGGAUCUGGAUUGGACAGACAGCCCAGCCAGAAGUGGGCAUAUCAAAGAGGUCAUUGUGGCUGCUGAGGCAGAGCAAGGGGAUGGCGACAUGGCAGAGGCCCCAGGCAGUCCUAACCAUCAGGAGCUUGGGCUUGUUGGGGAGGGCGAGCAGGCCCAAGUCAAGCUGCUGGUAAACAAGGAAGGCCGCUAUGUAUGCAUGUUAUGUCACAAGACCUUCAAAACGGGCAGCAUCCUCAAAGCCCACAUGGUCACUCAUAGCAGUCGCAAGGACCAUGAGUGCAAGCUCUGUGGGGCCUCCUUUCGGACCAAGGGUUCACUCAUCCGGCAUCACCGAAGGCACACUGAUGAGCGCCCUUACAAGUGUGCCAAAUGUGGAAAGAGCUUCCGGGAGUCAGGUGCACUGACGAGGCAUCUCAAGUCUCUCACUCCAUGCACAGAAAAAAUUCGCUUCAACAUGAGCAAGGACACGGUUGUGGGCAAAGAGGAAGUACCUGCAGGUCAGCCUGGGUCCAGUGACUCCACUGUGGGGACAGUUCCACCAUCCUCAGUGACAGGAGAACCCAUGGAAACAUCACCUGUGAUCCACCUGGUGACAGAUGCCAAGGGCACCGUCAUCCAUGAAGUCCAUGUCCAGAUGCAGGAGCUGCCCUUGGGCAUGAAAGCCCUGGCUCCAGAGCCCCCAGGCCCAGAGGACCUUCCCUGUUCCAGUGAGAGCAACCGUGAGAACCUGCUACACCAGGCCAUGCAGAAUUCUGGCAUCGUCCUGGAGCGGGUCACUGGGGAGGAGGGUGUCCUGGAGCCGGCCCCUCCCUCUGGGUCCAGUCCUCAGUCUCUGGGAGAUGGAUCCCCGGAACUGCCACUGCUGGAGGUGGACCAGAUGGAGACACAGGUGGCCAGUGAGGCCUCAGCUGUGCCCAGGACGCACCUGUGCCCUCAGUGCAGUGAGACUUUCCCGACAGCAGCCACCUUGGAGGCCCACAGAAGAGGCCACGAAGGGCCGAGGCCGUUCACCUGUACACAGUGUGGCAAAGCCUUCCCCAAGGCCUAUCUGCUCAAGAAGCAUCAGGAGGUACAUGUGCGUGAGCGCCGCUUCCGUUGUGGAGACUGUGGGAAGCUUUAUAAGACCAUCGCCCAUGUGCGCGGCCACCGGCGUGUCCACUCAGAUGAGCGGCCCUUCCCUUGUCCCCAGUGUGGCAAGCGCUACAAGACCAAGAUUGCCCAGCAGGUGCACUUCCGGACGCAUCUGGAGGAGAAGCCCCACGUGUGCCAGUUCUGCAGCCGAGGCUUCCGGGAGAAGGGCUCGCUGGUGCGACAUGUGAGGCACCACACAGGCGAGAAGCCCUUCAAGUGCUACAAGUGUGGCCGUGGUUUUGCAGAGCACGGCACACUCAACCGGCACCUGCGCACCAAAGGGGGCUGCCUGCUGGAAGUGGAGGAGUUGCUGGUGUCGGAAGAGAGCCCCUCGGCAGCUGCCACUGUGCUUGCAGAAGACCCCCACACUGUGCUGGUGGAGUUCUCGUCUGUGGUGGCUGACACCCAAGAGUACAUCAUUGAGGCCACUGCAGAUGACACAGAGACCAGUGAAGCCACAGAGAUCAUCGAGGGCACCCAGUCUGAGGUGGAUAGCCACAUCAUGAAGGUGGUGCAGCAGAUUGUGCACCAGGCUAGUGCUGGCCACCAGAUCAUUGUGCAGAAUGUGACUAUGGACCAGGAGGCAGCGCUGGGCCCAGAGGCAGCUGCUGCCGACACAAUCACCAUUGCCACUCCUGAAAGCCUUACAGAACAGGUGGCCAUGACACUGGCUUCAGCUAUCAGCGAGGGCACUGUGCUUGCAGCCCAGGCAGGUACAAACAGUACUGAACAAGCCACUGUGACAAUGGUAUCAUCUGAGGACAUUGAGAUCCUGGAGCAUGGAGGCGAGCUGGUCAUUGCCUCACCAGAAGGCCAACUUGAAGUGCAGACGGUCAUUGUAUAGCAUGGGAUCCUAUGGGGUCCCUGCAGGGCUACACGGAAGACAGCCCAGAAGUUUAGACAUCCAAAGGAGAUCGAAUGUGUGAAUAUGCAAAAUUUUCUUGUUGCUUUACAAUAAAACAUAAAAACCUUCA